ACCUUUCGACGCGCGCGCAGCCUCCACCACACAAUUGUUCAAGCACGCGCAUUUCUCUCACGUGGGAACCGAACUUUUUCGUGCUUUACCAACUAUUCAUCAGCCUCAAUCGAAGCGUACGCACGUAAUGCCAGUAUACUACCAGUGCUUGUGUUAUCAGUGCGGCCGGUGAUAUGAUGUGAAAGUUGAGUGAUGAUCUAUAGCGAUUGGGAUCUUCGUAUCAGAUAAGCGGAGACAUGGCCGUCACGCCGAUAAUCCCAUUGCUUCUAUUCGUCGUGGUCAUCAAAUGUAAUGCUGAUGGCACUGGACACAAGCCUGGGAACGGCGCGUCACAAUUCGGAGAUCUCCUCAAGCCGCCGCCACCUCCGCCUCGCUCUCCAAUACAACCGGUGCCAUUCCAUGGCGGAGGAAGAGUGCAGAGGCAAAACUUGGACAGUGGAUACCAUUACCCACCCCCUCCACCACCUCCUACCUCAGACUUUAAAUUCCCAGCGCCAUUUUACAAACAAUACAAUUUCAACUUCGUACCACCACCCCAGCCUUUUACAACCACCCCUUCACCAUCGUUAUUUCAAAAAGUCUCGGGUUGGUUGUUUUCCACACAGCUACCACCUAACCAAGACACAAAUUCACUCGUUACCAAUCAUGUAGCACCUAUCAAAAAAGAUUGCAAUCCUUGCAAUCUUGUGCCAUGGAUACCAGUGAUUAGAUACAAUGUAGGAGCUAAAAAUAUAUAUCAAAGUCCUAAUCCAACAUAUGGACCUCCUAGUCCAACCGCAUACCCUAAUACACUGAAUUUACCUAUAUUGAGCACUCAGAAAACUCCACAAUUAUUACCUGCAGUCCCACAUGCAGUGUAUGGUCCACCGGCGCCGUUCCAGAGUACUUCUUUACAUGGUUUUGCAAGUUCAACAUAUGGACCACCUAGUCCUACACACACUAUUUCAGUUUCAUCACAUAUUUCUAAUUCUCCUCAUUCGUCAACAAGUAAUUCGUAUUCCUCACCAUCUUCAUCAUUUGGUUUACCGAGUAGUACAUAUGGUGUACCCAGUAGUUCAUAUGGCGUACUUAGCAGUUCAUAUGGUACACCUGGUAAUUCAUAUGAGGUACCUAGUAGUACAUAUGGGGUACCUAGUAGCACAUAUGGAGUACCUAGUAGCUCAUAUGGGGUGCCUAGUAGCUCUUACGGAGUACCUAGUAGCUCGUAUAGCGUACCUAGUAGUUCAUACGGAAUACCAAGUUCAUCCUUUAGUAUUAUUCCAUCUAAGGAAAUAUCUUCAUUUAGCAACACAAAUUCAUUUAAAUCUCAACCCAGUUCAACAUAUAGACCUCCAACCGAUAUGUACUCACUCGCUCAUUCCACAACUCCUUCUUAUAUAUCUUCUACUUAUGCAUCAGUUACAGCGCAUUAUGAACCAAAUCAGUUACAAAGUUCAGAACCAGUUACUGAGCUACAACUUCCAGAUGUAUCUCCACCCGUUAUAUUCAAAAAUUCAUAUGGAGAACCCAUAUCCAAUCCUAAUUCAUUAAAUAUACCAUCUGCUACAGCCGCAGAAUCGACAAAAAUAAAAACGGAGGUUUUGCCAAAUGACAAUACAAGAUAUCCUAUACCGAAUACAACAUUCUCACUUGCCAAUCCUGCUCCAUUCACACUGAAUCGAGGAAGAAAUAUUCAUACUCUACAGCCUGUUGCUUUACCCAAUUUGAGUGUAUCUCCUUUACCUCCUAUUUUUAAUGCACGUCCAUUCAGGCCGCCGUCUAAAUUUGAACCAAAACUAGUUCAGGGAAUUAAUUCCAUGCAGCACACAUCAAAUGUUGAUAUAUCACCGAGUAUUCCUGUUGCGGAGUUUACUCAUUCCAUUGAUUAUCCCGCGACUAUAAUCCAAUCGCCUGUAAUUGAUUUAGAAAUUUUAAGGAAUCAGAACCGUACGAAAGCUUAUAGAAAUUUUCCUAAUGGAUUUAUUGUUGACGAUGUCAGAGACAUUUCAUCGCAAGCUUCUGAUGACCAUGUAUCGAAAACAAAAUCAAUAUCAGAUGCAAGUUUUGAAAGUACAGGAAUUGACGAUGGAAAUGACCUAUAUGAUAGAGGUGUACCUACUGAUUUAAAACCAAUAAGUGUACCAUCGAAUCAUAGACCUACUUUUGCAGAUUUAAGAGGUGUAAAAGAUGAAGACGUUGAUAAAUAUCGCACUGAAAACAAUCUGCAAAACAUUGAUUCACCUCUUUUGUAUCUUAAACCAAGGGCACCUCAUAAGGAUCAUGGUAACUUUGCAUAUGUGCUAUCAACACCUAGCAAUAAUAACGAUUACGAGAUCUAUGAUGACAUACAGACAACACCAGCAUCGUCUAUACUCACCAGCGAUUGGGAAAAUAAUAAAGCCCAUUUUGCUCAAAGUUCAUCUCCUCAAGAAUACGCUGAUAAACCCAAAAUAGUACAAAUUAUAGUUCCAUAUACAACAAAUAAAGAACUUGGUCAACUUGAUUUAAAUUUGGGCCAGGAAAGUCAGGACUGGAGCUUGAGAGAUGACGAUGAAUAUCAAGCUAGAAAAAUACCAACAAAUACAGAAAGCCCUUAUACAAGUACUGUUACAGAUAGUUACAGUACUACUGAAGAAACAACUUCGACAGCCACAGAAAGUUAUGAUUCAGAUCGUCUUAAUACGGCAGAUAUUUUAAAUGAUCUAUAUGACGUAAAGGAACCUCCCUUUGAUAUAAUUAAGUUGCAACAUACGAUCGACGAAUGGACUGCGCAAGAAUAUUCUAAGCGGCAUAAAAUACCACAGAAAUCUCGUAACGUAGAAAAAUAUGCUAAACAAAUCCCAGAUGACUUCUUUACCACGACUGUUCCUACAAAUUAUGUCUCAUCUACUAUUGAUUAUAACUAUGAAUUUUAUGAUCAUGAAGGCUCUAGCAGUAUACAGCAUACAGUUACAGAAGACAAAAAUAAUUCAUCUCUUAAAUCUUGGAAACAAUACAAUACAAUUGAAAGGCCUAAAUCGAAACACAAUAGUGGUAAAAAUAAAGACGAAGAUGAGAUACAUAAACUACAUAUUUACACAGCAGCCUCUACUUUUAGAAGUACUACCACGACACCAGCUCCAUGGGGUAAAAUUCAAACUUCAAUAUCACCAUUGACAAAAGAAAAGGUUUAUGUUGUCACUUCAAAGCCAUGGCAAGAUUCCCGAAACUUAACAAAAGAAUGGUUUGAUCCAGAGUCUUUCGAAUUUAAAAAGAUACGUGGAGACAACGAGGCAUCAACAUCAGAUAAUUUCCCUUUUAAAUCCCCGAGAUUUUAUAAUCGUCCAUCUACAGGAUUCACAUCUGCUGACAAAACUGAAUCUAUGAAAUCAGAUUCUUCAUAUAGUUUCUCAAAAAGCUGGUAUGAAAGCAUAAAUGACCUGGAGAAUCGCGAACAACGCAGCAAUACAGCCCUGCCUGAAGGUCUCCAACAGACACAUUUUUCUAAUGAGGACGAGGAUAUAACAGAUACCACGACUGUAGGUCAUCAUGAAGACAAUUAAAUAUGUGAUACAUUUAUUCAUCACUCAAGUGUUUAAUUGUGAAAUAUAUCUAUGAGGUGAAAUUAAAAAAAAAAAAAACUGUGAGAAUAAACUCUAAAGUAGUGAGAGUAAGUGAAAGACACAACAAAAGUGAUUAACUCAUGGUGACUCAAUGUUUGAACAAUGAAAUAACAUGUUACAAAAUAUUUACUUAAUGUGUGAAUAGAUUUAAGAAUUUUAUUCGAGCAAAUUAAGAAGAAUACCAAUAUAUUAGUGGUAGUGUUCUUUUUAAUUUGAUCAACUAUAUUUUGAUGAAAAUGUACCUACCUAUUUAUGUUAAAACUGUUUUUCUAAAUCUUAGUAAACGUCAAGAGAUUGUAAUAACAAAAUAUCAUGAUAACCAAAGUUUCUUAGAAUGUCUUUACGAUGUCAUAUGCAAGCAAGAAUUAUCUCUUCCAUUAUUUUAUAGCCAAAUGUUUGUUGUUCUUGAUACAAAGUAAACAAACGUAAUGUAAAUACUCUCAUGUAAAUAAAUGCAACGAAGUGA